UACUAAGUACUGCGUUUUUUAACAGCCCUGAAAUCUCCGUCUCCUCGUCCAAAUCGAGCUCCCCUCCCCACGAUCUGCUCGCCGCCGCCGCCACCCCACGAAUCCGCACACACACUCCACAUUCUUCACCGAUUCCCACCGCCGCCGUGCCGCUCUCCUCUAACCCAACCACGCCGGCGGUGGCCCCCUCCUCCCCCAAGCAUUGGCGGUCUCCUCUUCCUCCAGCGCCGCGCUGCAACCUUCUCCUCCUCUCCCAAGUGAAGGGAAAGAGGGAAGGCCCCAGAUCGGGCGAGACCAGAUCCACGGCGGCAUCGGCGCGCCGUCGUCGACCUGGGGUGCGACCACCAUGGUCGCCGUCGUCGUCUCCUCCAUGGAGGUCCGACCCGGCAGUAGGAAGGACUGGAUCCCGCCCGCCAGGAUCAAGCCGCGGCCUGAGCCUGCCAUGGGGAAUCCGCGCUGAUUGCAGCGUGUAGGCAGGCACUAUAGGAAGAGGAAGAGGGAGGGGGACGGGGGAGGGCAGCGCCCGCGAGCCGCAUGGAGCAGAAUGGCGGCUCCUUCCUCGCCCCGCGCCACCUCCCCGGCCACCACCACCUGCGUCUCCGUGCAGAUGAGGGACAGCGACACGCACAUUUCCUUCGAUCUGACCCCGAUUCAGGAAGCACUCAAAGCCCUUUGGCAUGCUUCUUUUCCUGGGACUAAACUUCUAGGACUAGUAUCAGAUCAAUGGAACGAGAUGGGAUGGCAAGGGUAAGAUCCAUCCACAGAUUUCAGGGGUGGAGGCUUUAUCUCUGUGGAGAAUUUACUUUACUUCGCUAAGAACUAUCUACUGAGUACAAUUUCCCUUACUGAAGUGUUGGUUCAGAUUCAUCGCCGCUUCUCGCCAAUUGCUAGGCUUCAAAGAUUUUCUUUUAGCUAGAGCAGGGAAGAAUCUAAGGACUCAUGUGACAUACAGUUGUACGAAUCUAUUCAGCUAGCAAUGGAACCCUUCCUCCUCUGAAAAUUGAACAACGAAUGAUCCUUUGCUAAUAACAGCAAUGCAUAAUAUUUAUUAUCGAAUUAUUAAGAUAGGCAAUAUUUAUAUUUUAUAUGUUUGGCCUUUCAUUCAUCUCAAUGAGGCACUUUCUGUGCAGAAAUCCUACGAGCAGCUCCUUUGUAAGCAAAAUGGUGACAGAGCAUUGUGGGAAUAUCCAUUUGCUGUAGCUGGAGUAAAUAUUACAUUUAUGCUCAUUCAGAUGCUUGAUCUUCAAACAGAAUGGACAAAGAAGCACACAUUCAGCUGCUUGCUUCUGAUUGGCCAAUGCUUGAAGUCAUGGAUCGAUGACAGGGCAUGUCCUGAUUGGUGCUCCUGGUUCAUGUCUCUCUCCCUUAUCUCCUCAAGUGCACAGCCGCAGCCAGCACCUCACGCCUCAUCUCUUCGCUGCCUCGCCGGAGUCGCCGCUCCUCGCCGGAGACGCCGCUCCUCGCGCCGCCACAGGUCCUGUCCGCUUCUUCUUCUUCUUCUUCUUCUUCUUCUUCUUCUUCUUCUUCUUCUUCUUCUUCUUCUUCUUCUUCACCCAAGCAGCAGGAGCAGGCUACACUCGCUGCUCCUCGCCGGACAGCAGCGGCGCAGCCGCAAGCAUCGGCCGAAGCACCAAGCAGCAGCAAGCACGCGCAAGCAACAACAGCCCCGGCCGCCGCCGCUGCUCCUCUUCCUCGGCCACGACAGCAACAGGUGGUCAAGCACGUGUGCAAGCAGCAUCAGUCCGGUGGCUUUGACGAAAGGGGUGAGGAGGCGGCUGCUCCGUGCAACACUGCAUCUUGCCGUCCUCCUCUCGAUCUGUGCCUUCCCUGAACGUCGGAGGCCUGUGCGCAGCUCACCAACGCGGCCAUUGCGGCACUACGGCGACCACCACGGGUGCAUGGGCGGGGCACACGCGAUGGGAGCAGCGCCGGCGACUGGAUUUGGCCACGAUUAAAUCUGGGACGGGAUCGGGCGGUGCAAUUUUUUUUGUUUUAUCCACUACUUUUACCGAGUGGCGCUCUCGGCAAACCUCCUGCGCCAUGUGGCUAUAGCGCCGUUUGCUAUGUUUCUUAUGAUCACUUUUCUUUGCCGAGCGCCUCUAUUUGAAACUCGGCAAUGUCUUUGCCGAGUGUCCGACAAAUGGCUCUCGGCAAAAAUCUGUUUGCCGAAGAGGUGUACGCCGGGUGGGCUUUGCCGAGUGCAACUCUCGGCAAAGACUUUGCCGAGGGUUUUUGGCCCUUUGCCGAGUGUUCUUGGCACUCGGCGUACGUGACGAUUCCAGUAGUGAUGGACAUAGAGUGGCACAUGUGUUAGUCUGGUAGACAUGCGCCGUGACAUCACAAUUUGAAGCAUCGCCGUGACAUCACCAUGUGGUAGUCUGGUUGACUAAUAUUUACAAGUACAUAUUCUCAUUGUAUUAGAAUCUUAGUCCCUGUAUCCUGUAUCAUCUGAGCUUAUGCUUCCUCUCCAUUUAUUCGCUAUAUCUAUAUGCCUUGUUGAUCCUCAUUUCCAUCGCUAUAGGAUAAUGAGAUGUUAAAGCGGCAGACCAAAUCCAUGACACUGCAGUGCAAUUGCACCAUUCCAUUGAAUAUUACUCGGGAAUAAAGACAUUUCACUGGCAGAUUAGCUCUAUUUUUUGUUUUCAUUUUUCUUAUUAUUGGAGAGAGGACGGGUAGAAUGAGAAACUGGCAGUAGCCUUUUUCCUAGUAGUGCAAUGACGCCGAAAGCUACAACCGGCAACAAUGAAAGACACGGUGGAAGAGCGAUCUGCCACUGAAUGGUGCAAUCGGGCAAUGGCGGAAGCUGCGAUAGGCGACGAAUAAAGUUUCAACCAGAGCAUGCCGAAGCUAUGUUCGGUGCUCACAGAAUCUGUAAAUGGUAAGGCCGAGGCUACAAGCAACGGCUGGGAAUGUUGCCACCUGCGGUGGGGAAAGCUGCAACUGGCUCCUGCGGAAGCUACAAUCAUCUUGCUUUAAUUUUUUGCUGGGACCAGCGAGAUAGCAAGUUCUAACCAGGGAGCCGAAGUGUGACCAUCGUUGGCUGAUGCCACGACCGUGACGUCCGCAUGAUGCAACCGGCCAUAGGGACAUUUAUAAAAAUACACCUAUCCCGAGCACACACAAGGGAACCGUAGAAACAAAACGGUACAUGUACCCGAAACCGACACAUGUGGGUAGGUAGAGAAUACCUAGGGGCACGAGACAACUCUCUCUAAGGAACUCAGCAAAAUAGCCCUGUAACUUUGGGAGAAGGGGUGCCCCCACACAAAAGGGGGUCGCGGUGACUAGGCCCGGGCGACUGAUUACCAAAAACACAAGGCAAAGCCGUUCGAAUUAGACUGUAGCUAUAAUCAAUUUUGGCGUGAAUUAUCUGGAGGGGAAGUCUACCCUUUUUAAUGAAUUCGGUACGUGCAGUUUCUUUUUCUCCGAGACGACCGGCAAUUUUUAGUUUUACUCCCCUUAUAUCUUCUUCUUUUAGUCAAUUCAAUGGAUUUUUUCAUUGCAUUCCGGAAUGAAACUCCAUUUUUUAAUUGAAAGCCUAACAUUCUUGAUCAUAAACGUCUGGACCGAGCUGGCCGGAUGAACUUAGCUAUUGAACAAGGUACCUCAUUUGUCCGUUAACGAGUCCGAUUGUCUGAUAUCCCACAAACUAGACGCGAAUGAGAAGGAGCUUUGAGGGUGUCCGUUAACGAGUCUGAUUGUCUGAUAUCCCACAAACUAGACGCGAAUGAGAAGGAGCUUUGAGGGCGUCCGACACCCCGCUCCCACCUAAAAACAUCUCCCACGCCAGCACCUUCUCUCUUGUGAACGCACCUGUGCUCUCCGCGCCGUAUUCAUGCCGGUCCACAACGGACAUGACAGAUCAUUGGAGUUGGCAUUGAAGCGGCGCGCCAGCGGAGUGUGCCACAUUUGCCGUGUCCCGGUCUCCGUGCCUAUUCAAUGCUAGAGGCGUGACGAGGCGGGAUGGGACAUAUAUGACCGUUUUCACACUAGCUACUGGUCCGUCUAACUGGCGGUAUUAAAUAGGCGUGCCAGCUGAGAAACCAACUCUCAGGCCCUAAUGAAACAACCCGCUUCCUCGAUUGUGCUCGCUAUUUAUACGUGGCCCUGCAUGGCAUGAUCCGCAGAAAAACACUUCAGCUUCCUUUUCACCUACAUGCACUAUCUCUGCCAUGGGCAAGAGAUCUAAAGUGAUGCGAGAGAGCCUCUUUGCACAGUCGAAGCGCAAGUUGGCAGGCCUCGCAGCCGACUAGUUGGAGGCCGGCUUGAUGGAGAGCUCACCGAAGAUGAGCAAUGACGACUCCACGAUAGAGGAGGCGUCAUACGAUGAGCCGGCGCCCCCGCCAACGCUUGUCCAUGCUGGCUUUUCCAUGGAGCAGCUGCAGAUGCACUUCAACACCAUCAUGGUGGAGAAGCACGGGAGUAGCCAAUGUCGGCGAUCUAGUAGGCACAAAAGGAGCAGCGCUAUAACCUCUCUCACCACAUGCAUCACCGGUUGGCGGAGGGACAAAUAUACGGUGUGUUAGCGAGAGAGGAGGCCAUGGUCGUGGAGAACCCAAUGUUCGUCACCUAGCAACGGGCACUCUACGAGGGCGCACGUAUAGUACUCGUCGCACUACCUUCAUGCCUUCACCAUGCAGUCGCCGAUGUUGCAACAAAAAGUCCCCCAAUGAUUUGCAUCCGCCUUAGUUGCAGCUUCGGCCAACACAGUUUUCGGCAUCGCCGCCAAGAGGUUGCAGUAACAGACCACCGACGACCAAUGGUUUGCAGCUUUGGCUUCCUAUCCCAGUCGUAGUUUCAGUCAAUGUCGUUUCGAGUUUCAUGGACAUGGGGUCAUCAUGUCCGGUUGCUGGUUGCAGCAAGUUGUGGUCGCCAUUCCUACAAUAGCGGGUUCCGGUUGAAUCACCUGUGGCUUUCGAGCACGUUGAUAGCCUGCAAGUGCACAGGUUUAGUUGUAGCCUUUUCGUUGAUGCUUCAUGUAUGUAAGCUGGCACUAAUGCCUUUGAAAAAUCAGUCGUUUGGUAUGUGCCUAAUCUUCUAAUUCGGCGCCACUCGCUUGGAUAUGUCUUCCUGGCAUACCAAAUUGUGCUCUUCGGGUGCAUCCCUUUUUGUGGCUUUGAACAAUGUUAGUUAGCCUUGGAGAUUUUGUAAGUGACAAGUGAUCCAGUGGGUUAUGCUUAAGUUGUAUGAAUGACAUAGUCACCUAAUAUAUUUGCUUUCAUGUAGUACUCCCUCCGUCCGAAAAUACUUGUCAUCAAAAUAGAUAAAAAGAGAUGUAUCUAGAACUAAAAUACGUAUAGAUACAUCCCCUUCUAUCCAUUUUGAUGACAAGUAUUAUCGGACGGAGGGAGUACUAAUUACUGUGGUCUUGUGGGUUGAAUGGGAGCUUGCAUUAUCUAUGUGUACAAUCCUUUACAUUUUCUGCUCUUUAUUUCCAUUUGUGCCAUGCAAAUUAUGUCUUUCAUGUCUGACUUCUUAUCUAUAUAUGCUAAAUAUUGAUGACUCCCUGUUUUUAUGCAUUUGUAAAUUUUAAAUUGGUGGCACUGGCAUCUUUUACCGGUUGCUGCAUGUAGAGAUUAGAGACACUGUAAAGAGAUGUUAGUUUCAUUUAUGAAACCUGCAUGGCCUUCCAUUGAUUGUGUCAAACAGUAUAGAGUUUUUUUUAUAUAGAUUAAACAAUGUGCAACUUACCAGAUCUGAUGAACAAAAGUAUUCCUUUAUUCUGUUUAGGGGAAGAGAACAAAAUGCUUCUAGUUUGUAGCUAUGGCUAAGCACUUUAUAAGUUUGCUGUUGGUCACUACUACUUAUGCACCCCUCUGCUGUGUUCCAAAUUUCCUGUUUUGAUUCAGCUGUCCGUCAGACCUAUAUUUUGUACUUGAGCUCUCACUAUACUGUUGAGUUUGUAUGUUGUUGUCAAUCUAAACCUAUAUUUGAGGCAUCUUCAGGUUUUGUUGACCAUGAUGUAGCUUACAUGAUUUUCUUGUCGACUACCCAGCAUCCUGAACUGUGUAUUGAGUGCACAUUGAACUCCGUUCUAUUCUUUUUUGUUACCCAAAUGUUCUGAUCUUGUACUUCGUCACAGGGUUCGAUCUAUUCACCUAUGCGAUCUGGGAUCUUGAUAGCAAUUUAGCUGCCAAUUUGGCAUCCUGCUUGCUAAUACUUGUUACUGUCAUUCAGCCAAUCCAUUAGUGCUGUUCUGGAGUAUCCGAAGGUGCCCGUAACUGUACUGUUUUCCUGGUGAUUGAAAGAACUUUUCAGCUGGUAAAUUUUGGUGGGUCCUCUCCUUUCGUAUAUUCCAGAAUACGUAUACAAGGAUCUCAUUGUAAUUGUUUCUCUUGUUAUACUUGCCGGGUUUCAGAGUCUGGUGGAUGCAUAUUUUCAGGAUCCAGUUUAAGUUUCAUUUUAGAAGUUUAUCAUCAUGAACGUUGCGCUGCUGUAAUUUUUUAUCGUUACCUGUGCUCAAGUGGCAUUCCUACCACAGGGUUGUGCUGCUGUAAUUUCUUGUUAAGUCAGUAUCAUGUUGAGUCGACGUUGCUCAAGGUGUGGGAUGCUACAUGAUACGGUAAAACGUACAGUAAAAUUUAUCAUAGUCAAAGUCAAAGAUGGUUGAUUAUCUUAUCAGUA